AUGGAUGAUUCAAAGCAAUCUCGAUGGAAAGAGGCGAGUAGCACCUCAGCGUCAAGCGAAGAGCACGAGCAUGAAGCCCUCGGCCAAAAUCUCGAAUCCUGGAGAGUCGCCGUGAUCAUGACUGGACUAUCACUAUCCAUCCUAUGCGUGGCACUCGACACAACAAUCAUGGCCACAGCAAUCCCGAGAAUAACAGACGAAUUCAACUCCCUAGCAGACAUAGGCUGGUACGGCAGCGCCUACCAAUUAACCUCCUGCUCCCUCACUCUAACCUUUGGCAAACUCUUCACCUUCUACUCCACCAAAUGGGUCUACCUCAUUGUCCUAGCGAUCUUUGAACUUGGCUCCCUAAUCUGUGGCGUGGCGCCAAACUCGACAAGUUUGAUCAUCGGCCGCGCAAUCGCCGGCAUCGGCACAUCAGGCAUCUACGCAGGCUGCUUCCUGAUCAUCGCGCAGACGAUCCCACUCAAACGACGGCCCCUCGUCACCAGCAUAAUAGGCAGUCUAUACGGUGUUGCUAGCAUGGCCGGUCCUUUAAUCGGCGGCGCACUAACCGACCACGCCACCUGGAGAUGGUGCUUCUACAUCAACCUGCCCGCGGGCGCCGUGACGGCACUUUUCAUCGUGCUCCUGUACAAGGCGCCGCGACAGAAAAGGCAAACCAGCUUACGAGCCGUAGCCGUGGAACUCGAUAUCCCGGGUACAGUGUCCUGCUUGCCCUGCGUUAUCUGCCUUCUGCUUGCACUGCAAUGGGGCGGGGCCAAGUACGCCUGGGACAGCCCGCGCAUCAUAGCCCUCUUCAUCAGCUCCGCGGGCCUCCUCCUGAUUUUUGUUUUGAUCCAGUGGGGCCAGCAGGGUCGAGCCACCGUCCCCCCGGCUCUGAUCAGCAACCGCGACGUCUGGGGCCCAGCGCUGUAUGCCUUCUGCCUCAGUGCGUCUUUUAUGCUCCCCAUCUGGUUCCAAUCCAUCAAAUCCGCCACCGCCACAGAAUCAGGCCUCAUGAACCUCCCCAUGCUAAUCUCCACAACCGUCACCUCAAUCAUAACAGGCUUCCUCGUCGGCAAGAUCGGCUACUGUGCCCCCUUCAUGCUCCUCGGCUCCGUCCUGGGCGCUAUCGGCGCAGGACUCCUCACCACCCUAUCCAUCCACUCGGGACCGAGCAAGUGGAUCUCGUACCAAGCUCUCUACGGUGCCGGCGCGGGGAUGGGUAUCCAACUCGCCGUCACGACCGUGCAGGCUGCUAUACCACCAGGAGAUCUUCCCAGUGCAACGGUGAUUGUGCUCUUCUUCCAGAUGAUGGGUGGGGCGGUGUCUGUUUCUGUUGCGCAGGCGGUGUUUCAGAAUGGGUUGCUGGCGACGUGUACGAAAGAGGAUGUGGGGGGCGCUGAUUGCGGGCGGGUUGUUGGGGUUGGGUUGGGGGAGUUACGGAGGGAGUUUUCGGGGGAUUCUUUGCAGGGCGUUUUGAGGGUCUAUAAUGGGGCUGUUACGCGGGCGUUUUUUGUUGGGGUGGCGAUGGUUUGUCUUGCGGUUCUGGGGGCGGUGGGGGUGAGGUGGUUUUCUGUUAAGACGAGUAGUGCGAGGACGAGUAUGAGUAUCAAUAGUAUGAAUAGGGGGCGAGAGGGUGGGGAGGGGGUGAGGUGA